AAAUCAAGCUAGUUAUCGUAGCACAUGACAAUAAUUACGACUUAGUGAUAAUGUGAUAACAUUACGAAACACGGUUGCUAAUGGCUCUACGACGGGCAUCACAAUUAUUUUCUAGAAUUUACAGCACUGCAGGUGCUCAAAGUCUUCCAAGUGACCCCCUAGGUUAAUAUAAUACUUCAAUUUAAUUGUACAAAUAUAUACUAUACUACUAAAAACUUGUUACAACAUUGCUAUUCAAAAUGAAUGUGUCAGGAAUGAGAGUACCUUACAAUGAUAGAGCCAAACUGCUAAUUGAGGACAAUUUGCCCUCUAAGGAUCCAAUCAUCUGGUUUGAGCAAUGGUUUAAUGAAGCAAAAAAUAAUCCAGAAGUUGUUGAACCAAAUGCAAUGUGCUUAGCAACAGCAACUAAAGAGGGCAUUCCUUCAGCUAGAAUGAUUCUAUGUAAAGGUUUUGGUAGAGAUGGCUUCAAGUUUUUCACUCACUAUACUAGCAGAAAGGGUGGAGAAUUGGAAGAGAACCCUAAUGCUGCUUUAACAUUCUUCUGGGGUCCGUUCAGUCGCUCUGUGCGUAUCGAAGGUAGUGUAGAUAAACUGCCAAUGUCUGAGGCGGAUGAUUAUUUCAGCGGACGGCCGUAUGCAAGUCAAAUCGGUGCUUUAUGUAGUGAUCAGAGCAAACCUCUGGCUGGUAGACAAGUAUUGUCUGCUAAGGAACAGGAAUUAAAAGCAACGUUCAAGGAGGGACAAGUUCCCAAACCACAAUUCUGGGGAGGAUAUAUUGUCAAACCAAAAUCAAUCGAAUUUUGGCAAGGACAAACUGAUAGAAUUCACGAUCGUAUUAAAUUUUACCAACCGCAAGCCAACGAAUCACCUGACAAUAAAUUAAGUUUUGCUGGUGAAGAUGGUUGGUUAUAUCAACGUUUAGCCCCAUAAUCAAGUUUAAAACAAGAAAGUUUAUUAUGUAUAGAGAUGAUUUCAAAUAUUCGAAGUUUACCUGAAUAUAUGUAAACAAUUAUUAUUUAAA